GGAGGUCGGGGUCAGGGGCUCUCCGGCCGAAGGUCCGGCGUGGCCCCAGGGCCAUGGCGCAGGCCUCGGGGAGCCGGUGAGUCAGUGCCUGCGGGAGCCGAGCGGGCAGCGGAGGGACUCACCUGGCCCUCUCCGACUCCUGGCGAGCCUCAGCCAAGCCUUGCCCUUGCCUGCCCCUGAGGCUGAGAGAGUGUGACUCGCACACGGUCGCCAUUGGGCUCCAGAGUCCAGCACUCAGACCACUAGGCCACGCUGCUUCCCAUAGAGAGAGAGAGAGAAGCCAGAGGGAGGCGAAAGGAGCCCAGGGCCCUGGGAGCCUGGCACUGCCAAGACAGACCUCCUGGGGAAAGGGCCAGUCGGGCAAAGGGUUUGGUUUAGAGGCCCCAAAGAAGCUCCCUGACGCCGCUCUCUUUCUCUGCUUCUCAGGGUCCCCCGCAACUCUCACAGACACUGCCCUUCCUUUUCCUCCGUGCCCCCAUCAUGUGCCUUUGCGCUUCCCGUCCAGGAGGCUUGCGCUCUUUGUGCCUGUGGACAAGCGGAGGAGAGAGAGGGAGAGGCUGCCUUCUUCGGACCUCAGCUUGGAGAGGAUGACGCAGUCCGAUCGGAAGCACAUCCGAGAGAUCUGGGCCGCAGCGUUUGAGAAUGCGGAGGAAAAUGGCAGGCUGGUGGUCAUCAGGCAAGGCCUGCUCUUGCAUCCCAAAGGCGGCAGCCCCUCUGGGUCUCCCUCGCCCCUUAUUGCCUGUCAGACAGAGGGUCAGGAGAGCCCAUGCAGGAGGGCGCUCCGCAACUCUUUUCUGGCCCUAGGGAUGCCUUGGGGGAGCAGCUAUGCCCCAGCCCUCUCUGGGCGAGGCACCUGCCUCCCUGAACCUGGAUGGCGCUGGGCCCCCUUGGCUUCCAGAACUGGCCUCGACCCCUUCUCCGCUCGGGCAGCCUCUCAAAGCAGGACCCAUCGGCUGCACUCCCCCAAACCAUCAUGGCCUCGUAAACAGGGGCUCCUGCUCCCUGAGGACCUGGCAAGUGGUGCCUUUUUAGAUGCCUUGGGCGUUCUUCGUGAAGAGCGACAGCGCAGGAAGGGGAAGCCUCAGCAUCCCUUUCCCUUCGGUGGAGUCAGGGCUGCUUUUGGGAGGAAACUAAGGCCUAUGAGGUUCAAGCACAGGGAGUGCCAAGCAAUAGGCAAAACGAUUUGCUACAUCACUUGCUGUCUUCUCAUUGAGAACUGUUCUUCUGUCCUGAUGCAUAUCUGCACGUGCGCAACCCCCCCCCCCCCCCGGCCAGGCUGCUUGUGCUUCUGUCCCAGGAGUGUCCACUCUGUCCCCCAGUGUCCCUGCAUCCAGUGUCUUGGGCCUCCCCUCCGCAUCCCCUUCUGCUGCUGCUGCUGCUGCUGCUGCUGCUGCCUGGCCCUUUGGAACUGGAGGGGCCAGAGUCGGGCCUUAGGAUCCGGGGGUUCGGGGGACAGCUGGAACCCAGAGUGCCAGUGAUUCCUGGUGUGUGGAGUGAUGGCAAAGAGGUGUGGGGAAGAAAGGGAUGUUUCAGAGCACUGGAUAUUAUACAUCGACCUCAUGGAUAAGUCAGGGGCAGGUUCUGAAUAUUGAUAAGACCCAUGGAUGGGUCAACAGCACAACGUGGAACUUACCAAAUACCAGCCGGCAUGACUGGGCUCACCGAAAAGGCCGGGUGGAUGAGGAGGGGACUAUGGGAAAUGGUGGCUGAACAGGAGGGGCUCUGCCCUGACCCAGGGAGGCUUUCCCUUGACCUGCAGCCCAAGCACAGCUCUCCCCAGCCCUUUCCCCCAGACCCUCUCUGGCACUCAAGUAGGGAAAGCCCUGUGCUGCAGCCCUGAUGGACUUGUAUUCUUGGACAUUUAAUUUUAUCCCCUCUCCCCCCCCCCCCUCAAAAAAAAAAAGAUCUUCAAGGCAGCUCACAAGUUUUAAGAGCAGAUGCAAGUGAUAAAACUAUAAACAUAUUCAGGACAUUUCAGUGCAAACACAGAUGAAACAAACCAUUCUAAAGGGACCUUAGUAAAGAAGGAAAAAAGGUGCACCCCUCGUGUGUUAAGACCCCUCCUGGACGAAGAGGCCUUUGCCUGUCGCAGGAAGGCCAUGGGGAAAGGGCCACUCUGGUUCCCUGGGGCAGGGGCUUCAGGGCCUGGGGAGCCACCGACAAGGCCCCCUCCUGCCCCCCACCCGGCAAAAGCAGCACCCGGUCCCCACGGGAGCCGGUGCAAGGGAAGAGCUGUGCGCUCCAUGUAGCUCACCCUGGCCGACAGCUCAUGGCUAUGGUGGGGGUCACUGUGGUGGCCCUGAAUGGGAAUGACCCUCUGCCCACUCUGGGUCUGAGUCCUUGUUCCUCCAUGAUGCGCCAGUAAGCUCCCCAACCUGGUGUACUGGACAUACGGGGUGCUGUUUGCAUCCUUGCCAGUUAAAAUGGCAGGGAAGAGUCAUCCGGUGCACUGGAUUUGGGAGGGAAGCAUC